CGUAUCACGUGACACGAGGAUAGCGAUGGCGUCCUCCCGGAGGCUGCUGCUGUGUGUUCGCUCCGUUUUGUUUUCUUACGUUUGUUCUCAUUUUUUUGUGGCGCUGCUGGCGCAGGACGUGGAGAAUUGUGAGGAUUUACGGCUCGGACAGUAUCUGUGUAAUGAUCCAAAGAUUGAUGAAGCCACACAGGAGCCGGAGAACUGCAGGGACAUGACGGCGUGGGUGGAGUGCCUCCCAGCCCCAAACAUCACCUGUCGACUCGCCAACGGGUCAGAGUUCAGGUUCAGCGGGGAAGAAGUGGGCUUUAACAAAACCAUCAGCUGCAGGAACGUGAGCGGUUAUUCCUACAAAGUAGCUGUGGCCUUGUCUCUGUUUCUGGGCUGGCUCGGAGCUGACCGCUUCUAUCUCGGCUAUCCUGCUCUAGGUCUGUUGAAGUUCUGUACGGUGGGUUUCUGUGGAAUUGGAACUCUGAUUGACUUCAUAUUGAUCGCCAUGCAGAUCGUGGGUCCAUCUGAAGGGUCAAACUAUAUCGUGGAUUAUUACGGCGCCCGGCUCCACCACCUGUCAAUCAACAACCAGACCUACAGGAAGCCACACCUUUCUCUGUGAUUGACACCGCCACAGCCAACAAUGAGCUCAGAAAACACCAGAGAUUAGAGUAAUACACACACACACCGGAGGUGUAGUUAAAAAUGUGAAGGUCACAUAGUCGGACAGACGUUAAGUAUCA